GUAACUCCCAACCCAGGUUUGUUUUUGCCCAACCCCGAACCCACAUACAAUCCCAAAUAAGACAUUCCUUUCUAGGGUUGAGUGAAUCGUUCGAUCUUCUCCGAAUCUCCGAUUCUCCAAAAGAUAACCCACCUCCUAUUCUUUUCAUCUACCCCUUUUUCCGCCGACAAUCCGCUCCUGGUCAUCCUCGGGUUCUUCAUUCGUAAUUCAUAUCUCAUGUCAUCUUUUGUCUAUGAGUCGAUCUUAGGGAUGCCUCAGCUGAAUAUCCCACCCCGUCCUUCCAAUCGUUCUAUACUUCUAUUCUCAUCGAUCCAUCGUAGAUGUGGAUGAAAUGAAGAACUCUACAAAUCGACGUUGUCUAGUAAAUCAAAAUUUCUGAUUUGUAAUGUAUUUGGGUUUAAAGCACUCCGCGCUUUACGUCUCGAAGAUCUUAGAAUACCUCCAGCUUAUACUAAAACUUUUCAAGGUCCGCCUCACGGCAUCCAAGUUGAGAGAGAUAAAUUGAACAAGUAUGGGCGUCCUCUGCUGGGAUGUACUAUUAAACCCAAAUUGGGGUUAUCCGCUAAAAACUACGGUCGAGCGGUUUAUGAAUGUCUUCGUGGUGGACUUGAUUUUACCAAAGAUGAUGAAAAUGUAAACUCACAACCCUUUAUGCGUUGGAGAGACCGUUUUUUAUUUUGUGCCGAAGCAAUUUAUAAAUCACAGGCUGAGACAGGUGAAAUAAAAGGACAUUACUUGAAUGUUACUGCAGGUACAUGCGAAGAAAUGCUAAAAAGAGCUUUCUUUGCUAAAGAAUUGGGAGUUCCUAUUAUAAUGCAUGACUACUUAACAGGGGGAUUCACUGCAAAUACUUCUUUGGCUCAUUAUUGCCGUGAUAAUGGUCUCCUUCUUCACAUCCACCGUGCAAUGCAUGCAGUUAUUGAUAGACAAAAAACUCAUGGUAUACACUUCCGCGUACUAGCGAAAGCGUUACGGCUAUCCGGUGGAGAUCAUAUUCACGCGGGUACUGUAGUAGGUAAACUAGAAGGGGAAAGAGAGAUGACUUUGGGCUUUGUUGACUUAUUACGCGAUGAUUUUGUUGAACAAGACCGAAGUCGUGGUAUUUAUUUCACUCAAGAUUGGGUUUCUUUACCCGGUGUUAUGCCUGUGGCUUCUGGGGGUAUUCACGUUUGGCAUAUGCCUGCUCUAACUGAGAUAUUUGGGGAUGAUUCCGUACUACAGUUUGGGGGAGGAACUUUAGGUCACCCUUGGGGUAAUGCGCCUGGUGCCGUAGCGAAUCGAGUCGCUCUAGAAGCAUGUGUACAAGCUCGUAACGAAGGGCAUGAUCUUGCUCAGGAAGGUAAUGAAAUUCUUCGACAGGCUAGUAAAUGGAGCCCUGAACUAGCUGCUGCUUGUGAGGUAUGGAAGGAGAUUCAAUUUGACUUUAAACCAGUGGAUACCUUGGAUCCAAAUGAGAAGAAAGAAAGAGAUAAUAAGGAGGCUCUUGCAGGAGAUAAAUAGAGAUAACUUCUAACUUAAUUCAGAGAUAAGGGAUGGGUAGAGGGAAUUCAAGCAAUCACUAACCCCCUUCUCUUCUGAAUUGCAAUUCAAUUUGGCCCAAUCUUUUACUAAAAUCAUUCAAAUACUAAAAAAAGUAAA